UUAACACUGAUGUGAUCAACUUGCAUGGACUCAAAUAGCUGCCGCUGUCACAUUCUAUGCCGGAGAGGCUUUGGUACAUAAUGGGUCCUUGAAGAGAGGGGACUGUUUGCUGGAUGAGGACAUCUGCAUUUGGCUUGGUUGGCACAGUGUGGAUUCCUGUUUUAUCAGGCACUGACAGAUCUGCAGUAUCACUGCACCUUAGUACAUGUGAUGUGCUGGGAGCUGUUUCGCUGGAUGCCCAUUGGCUUGUGGCCCUUUCAGAAGCUCAGUUGAUUUCUAUUUGGGACAGGUACUACAAGUGGUCUCCCUGGGAAGUUGUACUAGGAUUUCCACCUAAUCACAGUCAACGCACACAAACAUCAGGGGCCCAUCCAUGAGACAUUGCAGUAUGCUAUGGGGGCAAUCCUGCACUGACCCUGCCCCACCUGGUACCACACUGCAUCCUCACUGACCAAUUGACAUGGCUUCCCCAGAGAUUAUCAGGAUAUCGGCUUUGGAAAUGGAGAAGUAUUACAGUCUGCAGCAGGCGGUUUCUCUUCUGUACACAAUGCUGGAAAAGACUUCAGCUCCCAUCUGUGCUAAGGACAUCAGUGAUCUGUUGAUGAAAGAAUUGGCCUUUCUCUCAGGUGGUCGGGGGAAGGACAACGGCUGGAUCAUCACACUUCCUGAGAAUGCCACAUUCCAUGAGGUUCCAGAGAACGUAAUAAAAACGGUGCUGACAUAUUUAACCUCCAUUCCAAGUAAAGAAGAAGAUGACAUUAAAUUCAUUAUUAUUUUGGACAGAAGAAUGGAUACAUGGACGUCUGUAAAACUAACUCUUCAGAAAUUAUCACAUUCGUUUCCUGGGAACCUGCAUCUAGUUUUGGUCUUAAGGCCUACAGGAUUUUUCCAGCGGACUUUUACUGACAUUGGAUUUCGCUUCAGCCAGGAGGACUUUAUACUGAAGCUUCCGGUGGUUAUGCUCAGUUCUGCGUCAGAUUUACUUAAUUAUAUAGAUGAAAAGCAGCUAACAGCAGAAUUUGGAGGAACGCUUGAAUAUCGGCAUCGGGACUGGGUUGUCUUUAGAACGGCCAUUGAGGGAUUUGCCUUGACAGUGAAAGAGAUUGCUCAGAUGCUGCAGGCCUUUGGUACAGAACUGGCUGAGACAGAAUUACCAAGCGAUGUGUAUUCAAUUGAGCAUAUUUUAGCAAACCGCACUGAAAAAUACUGCCAGCUGAAGAAAGAGAUUACUUCAGUGACCAAAGAAGGGGGCCUCCUGCUGAACAGUUUUGAAAAACCAAGCACAAGUUUAGUUAUGGAAGAGCAAACCUGUGAAAAACAGGGCGACUGGGAAACUGUGAACAGGUUGCUGGCACAGUUACAUGAAAUGGAAAGCGCUUUCGAUGGUUUCUGGGAGAAACACCAGCUAAAAAUGGAGCAAUAUUUAGAACUGCUCAAAUUUGAACAGCAUUUCCAAGAGCUGAAGAAUGCCACUGACUUUAUGAUGGCACAACAAUCCAGUGUCCCCGAUACAGGAGAGAAUAUAUCUGAAGUCAAGCAGCGACUGUUGGAGAUGAGUAACAUUGAAGAAAGGUCAAAGGAACUCAUAGGGAGGUCACAAAUGGUGAUUUUACAUGGACACCAGCUUGCAGCAAAUCACCAUUACGCACUGAACCUAAUCUGCCAGCAAUGCAAUGAGCUGAGGCACGCGUCCGACAUCUUGUCUGAAGAGAUAAGAAAGAAGCUUGCCCGUCUCUCCACCACGCAUGAACUGCAUGUUCGACUUCAGCAGGCUCUAGAAGGCUGUGAUGAAGGGGCAUACUUUCUAGCUAACCAGCAAAUGGACAAGUGCCAAUCCAGGGAAGGAGCUCAGAGAGCUCUACAAGACGUUGAGAAGUUUCUAGACAGCUCUGCGUUGGAUUUAAGUUUCGAUCCACAAUCCUUACAAUAUGACUUUGAGACCAUUUUGACGGAUGAACUGAAGGCUCAAAUUCAAGCUGUUGAAGUCAAGAUUGAGAACAUCCGAGACCUUUUUGAAAACCGUCAAAGUUGUCUGAAGAAAUUGGCUGAUAAGCAAGUGCGUCCAGUCCAGUUAGUAGCUCCACGUCCCGAGAAUCCCCCUAGAGCUAAAUCACCUCUUUUCUCUCCUAAGCAUGGUAUGGACUUCAAUUCAAGUUUGAGGUUUUCAUUUGACAUAACAUUGCCUGGGAAAAGGACCACAAGAAAAAUGCAGGCUUCACGCAAGAUUGAAGUGAUGCAUGACUAUCAAGAGAAAAGAAACUCAUUGCAAUUUUUUAUAUCAGAAAGUGAAGACAGUUUGGAUAUACUUAAAGGACACGUCAUCCAUGAGCUACUGGAAACUGAAAGGAUUUAUGUGGAAGAGCUUUACACUAUUUUAUUGGGAUACAGAGCUGAGAUGGAAAAUCCAGAAAUGUCCCAUUUCUUGCCUUCAACAUUGAGGAACACAAAAAAUAUUCUUUUUGGAAAUAUGCCAGAGAUAUAUGAAUUUCACAACAAAGUAUUCCUUCUCAGCCUUGAAAGCUGCAUUGGAGCUCCAGAAAGGGUUGGAUAUUGCUUCUUAGAAAGGAGAGAAGAUUUCCAGAUGUAUGAAAAGUAUUGUCAGAAUAAGCCCCGGUCAGACUCCCUCUGGCGGCAGUUUUCAGAUAGUGCUUUCUUUCAGGAAUGCCAGAAGAAGCUGGAGCACAAACUUGCCUUGGACUCUUACCUUUUGAAGCCAAUACAACGACUAACAAAAUACCAGCUGCUGUUAAAGGAAUUAUUGAAGUAUAGUAUUAAUUCGGAAGGAGCCCGAGAACUCCAAGGAGCUUUGGUUUCUAUGCUGGACCUAUUAAAAUCAGUCAAUGACUCCAUGCAUCAGAUUGCUAUAACAGGGUAUAAUGGAGAUAUAAAUGAUCUGGGUCGCAUAUUGAUGCAAGGUUCUUUUAGCGUGUGGAUCACUCAUAAAAAGGGACCUACAAAAAUGAAGGAACUGGCCCGCUUUAAGCCAAUGCAGAGACAUCUCUUCCUCUACGAAAGGGCAAUUGUGUUCUGCAAAAGGAGAGAGGAACACGGAGAUGCACAUGACAAAACCCCAUCGUAUAGUUUUAAGCACUUCCUGAAGAUGAAUUCUGUCGGCAUCACCGAAAAUGUAAAAGGUGAUAAUCGCAAGUUUGAGAUUUGGUACAGCGGCCGAGAAGAGGUUUAUGUUGUACAGGCCCAGACGACAGAGCAGAAGGCAGCAUGGUUGAAUGAAAUCCGGAAGAUAUUGACCAGACAGCGAGAACUUAUAAAGGUAGAGAAACUAAGGCAAAAUCCCUUUUCAGACCAGGUUGUUUUCUCACCACAGAUGAACGAGGGAAAAUUACAGAGGGCAUCUGUUAGUUCUGAAGAAAAUGAUUCUGAAAAUGCCAGCCUGCUGGAGGGUUUAAACAUAUCUCCGCAACAUAAACCGCAUAAAGGGUGGCAUGGAAUGUCGCAGUCAUUAGAAAUCUGUGAAGGUCUUGAACGAUGGUCAAGUCAUCACUGUUCAUAUCCUUGUUCAGACACAGAAGAGGAGGACACGGUCCAGUUGUCUCCUGGGAAAUACAAGGCCCUGGCUGACUGCAAUAAGAGAGGAUCUGAUGAUGUACUGGUGAAGAAUGGAGAUGUCAUCCAACUUUUACAGGAGGAUGCUGAGGGACAGUGGCUGGUGAAGAAUUUGAAUAGAAAAAAAGAAGGAUGGAUUCAUAGCAACAACUUACAAAUCAUCAUUGGUGAAUGUCGGAUGCGGGCAUCCAAACUAACAGAUGCUGCUUUGUGUAACACAAGGAAGUUAAGCUCACCUUGAAACACCCUGUGAAUAUGAUCGCAACACAAAUCAAUGGAUGUUGCUAAAAAACACUUCAAUCAGAGACACUGUUAUGUGUUAAUAUCACCACCUUAUCCUACAACAUCAUCUUCCAAAGCUCAGACACUUUUUUUCACGUGGACAAAGGACACUUUUUAGAACCUCAUUUUGUAAGGAGGUUGUUGUACAUUGGAAGGUUCCAUUUUUACCAUGCUCGUUAGUAUCAUUCCCUUAUUUUUCAUCUUGGCUAAUUAAAUGUUUUUAACUAAAUGUAAAUAUGUAAGCGCCUACAUUUGUAGAAAAUCCAUUCCAGGCUCUAUACAUGUUUUACUGUUUUUGAGUAAAACACUUGCACUUUAUUCACCUUGACCUCCAUGUAUUUUGAUGAGGCUUCUCAUGAGAAAACAACUUGAGGUUGGUCUUCUUUCUAUGAACUGGACUGGUUGAUCUUGAACAUUCUACAUUGUUGCCACUACCUGCUUUAUGGUGUAAUGUGACAAACUGCAAUAAAAAAUCUUGUUCUUCCCUAA